GUAACUUCUGCCUCAUAAAAGCCCCUGGUCACCCAAAAAGCUCACAUCAAGCUCAGUGAUUUUUCCAGCUCUAUAAAUUACUUCACUUCCACACCGAACUGUAAAGUGUAAACCCUCCCAUCCAUUGAUUUUGCUGGUGAGCUCAAAUAGUGGUACUCUGUAGUUUCCAAAAAACAGGACAAAUUAAUGGCAAGUGUCAAAUCACUAGCUCAAUCCCAUGACCUCAAGUCCCUCCCUUCUGACUACACUCAUUUCAAGAACAAAGCCAAAUCCAUUGAAGCAAGGCCUGAAGUUGUUAACGUUCCCGUCAUUGAUCUUUCACUUCUCUCCUCAACCAAUCCAGAUGAUCGCGCCAAAGCCAUUCAUGAUCUGGGCAAGGCCUGCAAGGAAUGGGGAUUUUUCAUGGUGAUAAACCAUGGGAUUCCGGAAACAUUGACAAACCCGUUGUUUGAAACAUGCGAUGAGUUUUUCGAUCUGCCUGAGGAGGAGAAACUUCAGUUUGAGAUUAAGAAUCCGAGGUUUCCUGUCAUGGUCAGAUCCAGCGUUGGUCCUAAUCCCGCCAACGAAAAGGUAUUGUUCUGGAGGGAUUAUCUCAGGUUCUUUGUUCAUCCGGAGUACUAUUGUCCUCACAAACCCGAACAACUCAGCGGUCUUGUGUCUGAAUACGCUGAAAGAACCCGAGGUUUGGCUAGGAAGUUACUCCGAGGGAUAUCACUAAGCUUAGGCCUGGAAGAGACUUACAUUGAGAAAGCUAUGGAGUUCGACUUAACUACACAAGUGUUUGCUGCAAAUUAUUACCCUCCAUGCCCCGACCCGGAAUCCGCAAUCGGGAUACCGCCUCACACGGACCCUGGCCUGUUGACAUUUCUUCUGCAAAAUGGAGUCGGCGGCCUUGAGAUCCAGCAUGAGGGGAAAUGGUUCCAUCUCAAUGCCAUUCCGGGCUCCAUUUUCGUCAAUACUGGUGACCAUCUCGAGAUUGUCAGUAAUGGGAAGUACAAGAGCGUUUGGCACAGGGCUGCCGUGAACAACACUAAGAAACGGAUUUCAUUGGUUGUCGCAAAUGGUCCGUCGCCUGACGCCAUAGUUGAACCAGCGGCCCCAUUGAUUUGUGAUGAUGCUCUGGCUAAAUAUGCUCCAAUGAAUUACAUGGAAUAUGUGGAAGUGCAAAGAUUUAGUAGACUUGGGGAUAAGCCCAUUUUGGAUAGGCUUAAGUUGUAUUAGUAGUAGCUAUUGGAGUUUUUGGUGUUGGUUCCUCUGUCCUUGCUACUUAGUUUUCAACACCUUUAAGAUUUACUAAGCCACGUACGAGAUAGUUACUUAGUUAGAAUAUGAUGUAAUUGGUAUUUCAUAGUCACUAUGCGUACUUAGUAUGAUAUCAUAGGCCUGUGACUCCUUUGUACCCAAAAAAAAAACAAAAAAAAAAAAAAUCAUAUUGUCCCAAUAUUUAUUCCCGUUAAAAUGAGACUUCCAAUUGAAGAAAACAAUACUGAAUAACCCAUAGCCCAUGGCCAAAAAUUUUUUUACCAUUUUCGGAAGUGAUCUACUUUAGACGUCUUCAAGGAUUUGCUAGACGCGCAUUAUGAGUCACCUUUCGAGAUAGGAGUGCUAUCCGAU